AUGCUAUCGGUAUCCCGGCUUCUAUCCGGGAUCUCCAUAGUAGUGAGUUUGCGUUUCUGGCUUUUGCUAGCCAACCCAAGAGGAGACGUUGACUUUCACGGUACGAAGAAGAUGAAAUUGCAAUUGCUCAUCUUCAUCAUUAGGCUCAUUGCUGACAACAUGGAAAAAGGAACGAGAUCAUGCAGUGGUCAGCUCACACUUGCUCAGUGUUUGAAGUGUGGAGGUAACUUACGUGAAUGUGACAAUCUGAUGAACGACUGCGUUGGGAUAUCUAAAUCGUUCCUUCAUGCACGUCAUCUUCAUGUGGCUUUGUGGCUGCAGAUAUUGGAUCUGGAAUUGAUGCAGAACAACAAGACAAUUAAUUAAGCCAAUGACAAGUGAGUGAUAAUAUACCUGCAACAGAGGUUGGUGAAAGGCAAGAAGAAAAUGUGCAAUUGAAGAUGGAAGCAUUAUAUGUUGUAAAGGCAGAAAUUUGUACCACGUUUUUCACCUUCCUCUUCUCUAUGGACAAGAUAAAUGACCAAUAAAAAGAUAAUUAUUUCUUUGCCCAAGCAGACUGUAAAAGCAUUGGAUAUGUGGACAAAGAAAUCUGUUGUAAUUAAACAUCUAAAUUAGUUUCAAGUGGACUCAUUUCUGUGUUUUGUGAUUGUGAAUAUGUACAAGGAUAUUAAUUAAUCAAUUAAUUAUAUUA